AUGGCGUCCAUCACCAAGCUGCCGGCUGAAAUCCUGUGCUCCAUCAUCCAGUACUUGGACCCAGCGGGGCUGAUCUCGAUCAGCCAGACAAAUGUCCAUUUACGAUCCGUCAUCCAGCCAACUAAAUUGGAUUUCUGUGAACGACUGUUAUUCCUCGAGUCUCAGCAGGAAGGUGGUCCUACACCGGUAUAUAACGCAAGGUCCAACGAACUCCAGCCCGCGUGGUCUGAAGUUGAAUGGCAAUCAAUGUUAUGGGCCUGUAGCGACUGUCUCCGAAUGCUGCCUCACACGGCAUUCGACAACCAUCGUAUUCUAGGGCUAGGUUAUCGAAAACCAGUCCCUGGCUCAUCUGCCGUCACUAAAUUCACAACCUGGCAGCCCGGCACCGCCGGAAGAGACUCUGCGACUGAGUACGUCUGGCGCGAAAGGCAUAAUCCUGGAUUUGAGGAUGAGAUCCAAGCGGUCCAAAAGAGAUACAGGGUUGCCAUCACACAUCUGCAGUCGAGACGCAGGCUCAAUGAGGAUUCAACUCCACGACUGGAGAGGUUCCAAGAAUGUGGGAUGGCCGCAUUUGAACACAUGACUCUCGAAGAAUUCGUCCAACUACUCGAUGACGAAGAAAGCGAUCUGUUAAGCCAAGAAGCGUCGAGAAUUGAACUUGCGUAUUGCGGAUUCAAACGCCACCAACGACAAUGCAAUGAAUGUCGGUACCAACGAGGCGAGCUUCUAUCAUGCCGUGACGGCAUCGGGGGUUCCCCCACAACCCCGGUCACUCGAAGCCGCCGCGUAUGGUACGAAUCACAAGUCGACCGUUAUUUCCCAGGACUGGCGAUCACCUUAGACAUCAAGAACGCCAGGGGGCAGUCGAAUUUCGCAGUCUACCCGGGAGACACUGACUUUGGCAAUCACUGGUGGACAAUGUACAUGGUCAGAUGCUCGGGGUGCUCGACAUGGAAGGAAGCACAUUCAUUCCCGCUCCUUGAGCAAAAUUGGUACUGGAGACCUUCACGUACUUGUCUGCAUCCUACGGAUCUGACCGAUGAAGCAAUCCUUGUGGGCGAAAGAGCCAAUGAGGAGUUAGGGAAGUGGGACAGGACCCCGGCGGAUGGAGAGAUAUUUGGCAAGUUGCUCUGCAGUCACUGCUUCUCGCGGGAGAAUGGACGCGAGCCCCUUGAAACAGGCAUUCUGGGGUGCUUGAAAAACUUGCUUCAUUAUCAGAAGUGUUAUGUGGCGACGGGAUUAUUUGAUCUAUUCCAAAGGAUACGGGAUGAUUCAUUCAGCUGCCCGCCCAAAUGGAGAUCUGAGAUAUACGACAUCACGGAUCCACCUCGCGAAUCCAUCAAGACGAAUACGGCGAUGUGUCUGGCUUCUUACAAGAAAUGGAUCAUGUUUCUUCAGCGUACCAAAAAUGCAGGAAGACAUCGCAAUUGGCACGGUGUUGAAGGUCCGUUCGAUGACAAGCAACGAGAUUAUGAGGAGAGGAUGGAACAUUAUACAUGCAUGAAGGCUAUUUAUCUUGGGAUGAAAGAGCGGGAGAAGGUUGAGAAGCUGGUUGAAUGGGCUCUAAAUGACUCGGUUAGCCUUCUGUGA